AUGGAAAACAACGAUAUCGGAGCUCCGUCAGAUGCCUCGCUCUUUGACCAGAUUGUGGCGACGGAGCAACCAUACAUCCCCAUACACUCCGACCCCUCCUAUCCUCUCCUCGACACCUUCGUCGACCUUCUCAACGUCGAUACCAAACAUUUUGAUUUCGAAAUGUUCAACUCUCCACUGCCUCCUCCUCCGCCGCCAACCGCUCCUCAAGUGUCCGUUCACUCCGAAACCUCGGAGAAACCCAACGAGCAGAGCUCGAAGCCUGCACCAGUAGGGUCCACAGACGGAUUCGACAGUGGAAAGUCCGUGGUCUCGGAUGAUCUCUGCAUGGAAGGCGGUGCUAAGAAUUCCGGAGAGAACAAGCAGAAGCCGCGUCGGCAGAACGUUCCCCUGGACGCGUCACUGACAGCUUUGAUGCAGGCCGGGCCAGCGAUUUCUUUGGCGAGGAGGCCCAUGGGGCCGGAGGAACUUGCUGAACUUGCUAUGGUUGAUCCUAAGAAGGCUAAGAGUUAUAUCUACAAAUUAUACAUGUAG